AUGAAAAAACUUGCGACUCUCUCUUUUCCGAUGGAAAAGCAUCGGAAAGGCUUUUCAAAUCAUGUUUUUCGGUUAUUCCAUGCAAAUAUUACUCUACCCAACAAACACCAAAAAUCAUCAUCUUAUCGUCAUGACAUGAUUAUUAAUAAUUUUCCUGAAAAUAUAAAUUUUCAUCAAAUUUCCACAGUAAGAAAAUUCUCCUACUAUUCCCAAUGCAUGGAUUCAACUGUCACUUCCUCAUCAUUUGAAUUCAAAUCAAAUCAAACAACACCAACCAAUGUUUUACAUUUUGCCUUCUCACAAGAAGAUGUAUUCACAGAAUCUCCCAAAGAUGGGGUUUACUUUCAGGAUCAUCUCAUUGUAUUGAAUACACCUUACUUUAAGCAGAAAUUAUUUCCGAGGGAGUUAUUUGAAGGUUUAUGGAACUCUUGUCGAUGGAAGUUUUGUGCCGACGGAGGAGCCAACCGAUUGUUUCAAUAUACAAACAUGAACUUAGAAAUGCUGAAAAAGAAAGCGCCACACCCGAGUGACACACGCGAAUCAUCAGAUACUACAUUUUUACAAAAUGGUUUCAAUUUGCAUCUUCAAAAACAAUUUAUUCCAGAUAUGAUUUGUGGAGAUUUAGAUUCGUUAGACCAAGCCAUUGGAAAUUUUUAUUCAAAACAAGGAACUAGCAUUAUGAAAAUCUCAGAACAAGAUUCCAACGAUUUACAGAAAUGUGUGAGUUUGCUGAAAGAAAAAAUUUUGCAGGAUGCCAUCAGUGAAAAUAAGCCCAAAAUACCACAAAUUCGUACCCUAUUUCAUAGAGUAUUUAUUAUUGGAGGAGGUGGAAGACUGGAUCAAGAAAUGUGUGACCUCAAUACCUUGUAUAUCGAGGCAAUGGCAGGAUUAGGAUCAUCAUCGUCAUUGCCGUCGUCGUCACUCGAGUUCAAUACUGCAUCACCAUCUCUCACCAUCAAGAAGGAAGAAAUUCAACCUCCAGAAGAAGAACAUCACUAUCACCACCAAACGACCUCUCGUUCCAUCAUCACAACCACCACAGAAAAACAUGCACUUCAAUUUAUUCUUGUUACUCCCUACAGUUUGGUACAUGUCCUCAAACCAGGAAAACAUGAAAUAUAUAGAAAUUCGAAAUGGGAAAGAUCCACCUGUGCCUUAGUACCCAUUGGCGUUCCUUGUCAACAAGUGAUGACCAGUGGCUUGCAAUGGAAUUUGAAAGGUGAACGUCUGGAAUUUGGUGGACUUGUCUCCACAUCGAAUCGAAUGCUUCAAGAUUGUGUCACUGUUCAAAAUUCUCACCCAUUAUUGUGGAUUACAAGUUUAAACAAUCAAGCAGAAGAAGAGUGUUAA